GCUCGUUAACUACUUUUUAAAUGGGGAUGACAACGGCCAGUAUGGGCCUUCAAAGGCUGAGUCUCUCACCCACCAAAAUCCAAAUCAAAGACCCGAAACACUGGAAUUCCGUUAUCAAACACCAAGCGAAUCUCAAAAAUGACCAAGCGAUUCUCUCUGCAUAUACCCAAAUGGAGUCCUUAGGUGUGCUACCCAAUAACACCACCUUGCCUCUCGUCUUGAAGGCGUGUGCGGCGCAGAAUGCCGUUGAGAGAGGAAAGAGCAUUCAUCGUAGUAUUCAGGGUACGGAUUUGAUGGAUGAUGUUCGAGUUGGGACUGCUGUGGUUGAUUUUUUUUGUAAAUGUGGGUUUGUUGAAGAUGCGCGGUGCGUGUUUGAUGCAAUGUCUGACAGAGAUGUGGUUUUGUGGAAUGCGAUGGUAUAUGGGUAUGUAGGGUGGGGUUGCUAUGAGGAAGCGAUGUUGUUGGUUAGGGAGAUGGGGAGGGAGAAUCUGAGGCCCAAUUCACGGACGAUGGUUGCUUUGCUUUUGGCCUGUGAGGGGGCAUCAGAAUUGAGACUUGGAAGGGGGGUACACGGAUAUUGUUUGAGGAAUGGAAUGUUCGACUCGAAUCCCCAUGUUGCUACUGCUCUGAUUGGAUUUUAUUUGAGAUUUGACAUGAGGGUUUUACCUCUUUUGUUUGAUUUGAUGGUUGUGAGGAACAUUGUGAGUUGGAAUGCUAUGAUCUCUGGGUACUAUGAUGUUGGGGAUUACUUCAAGGCUUUGGAGCUUUUUGUGCAGAUGCUUGUAGAUGAGGUUAAGUUUGAUUGUGUUACAAUGUUGGUUGCUGUUCAGGCUUGUGCAGAAUUAGGGUCUCUUAAAUUGGGCAAGCAAAUCCAUCAAUUGGCUAUUAAAUUUGAAUUUGUUGAAGACUUGUAUAUCUUAAAUGCAUUGCUUAAUAUGUAUAGUAAUAAUGGAAGUUUGGAAUCUUCACAUCAGCUGUUUGAGUCCGUUCCUAACCGUGAUGCUCCUUUGUGGAAUUCUAUGAUAUCUGCAUAUGCUGCGUUUGGUUGCCAUGAGGAAGCUAUGGAUUUAUUUAUUAGAAUGCAAUCAGAAGGUGUCAAAAAAGAUGAAAGAACUGUUGUUAUUAUGUUGUCUAUGUGUGAAGAAUUAGCUAGUGGCUUGCUGAAGGGAAAAAGCUUACAUGCUCAUGUGAUUAAGAGUGGCAUGAGGAUAGAUGCUUCUCUUGGAAAUGCCUUGUUAAGUAUGUACACGGAGCUAAAUUGUGUUGAAUCUGUCCAAAUGAUUUUUGAUCGGAUGAAAGGUGUAGACAUAAUCUCAUGGAACACUAUGAUCUUAGCAUUGGCCCGCAACACGUUGAGGGCCCAAGCAUGUGAGCUCUUUGAGAGGAUGCGAGAAUCUGAAAUCAAGCCUAACUCUUACACAAUAAUAUCUAUUCUUGCUGCUUGUGAAGAUGUAACUUGUCUAGACUUUGGCAGAUCGAUCCAUGGUUAUGUGAUGAAACACCAUAUUGAAAUUAAUCAACCACUGCGUACUGCACUCGCAGAUAUGUAUAUGAAUUGUGGUGAUGAGGCAACAGCUAGGGAUUUAUUUGAGGGCUGUCCUGACAGAGAUUUAAUUUCAUGGAAUGCUAUGAUUGCCAGUUACGUUAAAAACAAUCAAGCCCACAAAGCUCUGCUACUUUUCCACUGUAUGAUUUCAGAAGCAGAACCAAAUUCAGUCACAAUCAUAAAUGUUCUCUCGUCAUUUACCCAUCUGGCCACUCUUCCUCAAGGCCAAAGUUUACACGCCUAUGUAACACGGAGGGGAUUCUCUUUAGGUCUUGAUUUGUCCCUUGCAAAUGCUUUUAUAACAAUGUAUGCAAGAUGUGGUAGUUUGCAGAGUGCUGAAAAUAUCUUUAAAACCUUACCAAAGCGAAACAUCAUCUCAUGGAAUGCCAUGAUAGCUGGCUAUGGUAUGAAUGGUCGUGGAUCUGAUGCUAUGCUUGCCUUCUCACAAAUGCUAGAAGAUGGUUUCAGACCAAAUGGGGUGACUUUUGUGUCUGUUCUGUCUGCUUGCAGUCAUUCUGGUUUCAUAGAGAUGGGAUUGCAGCUUUUCCACUCCAUGGUUCAGGAUUUUAAUGUUACCCCUGAACUUGUUCACUAUUCUUGUAUAGUUGAUCUGCUUGCUCGUGGGGGCUGCAUAGAUGAAGCUAGAGAGUUUAUUGAUUCAAUGCCCGUUGAACCAGAUGCAUCUGUGUGGAGAGCUCUUCUCAGUUCUUGUCGAGCUUAUUCUGAUGCCAAACAAGCUAAAACCAUCUUUGAAAAACUUGACAAAUUAGAACCAAUGAAUGCAGGAAAUUAUGUUUUGCUAUCUAAUGUCUAUGCUACUGCAGGCCUUUGGUUAGAGGUCAGAAGAAUUAGAACAUGGCUGAAAGAAAAGGGUCUAAGAAAGCCUCCAGGAAUCAGUUGGAUCAUUGUUAAAAAUCAGGUUCACUGUUUUAGUGCUGGAGAUAGAUCACACCCUCAGUCUGACAAAAUUUAUGCAAAGUUGAGUAUUUUGUUGUCAUCCAUGAGAGAAACUGGUUAUGAUCCUGAUCUUCGGUGGGUUUUCCAUGAAGAAGACGAUUAGGUGAGGAGUCUGAGGCUCGUGAAGCAUAAUGAGAAGUUCCACUACUUUGGUCUGAGAGGGGCCCCAAUCUUGAUGUGAUGAACCUUAGGUUUCUGUACAUGCAUCUUUAAAAUUUUCAGGAGGGAAUAGUUCUUUAAGGGAGGGAAACUAUCUCCAUCUUUUCAUCAAUGGUGUGGGUUCAUGCUAGGAUUAUUGAUGAGGAGUAAUUCUGGAGAGCUGGUACUUCCGGGAUUUUUCUAGCAGAAGGAAAAAUCUUACAAGAUUAUUAAGUUUAUAAAAGAUUGGGCAGACCAUUGUGUAUCAACCUGCAACACAACGAAAGAGAGGCCAACAAUCGCCUCAGGAGGUUGCAAGGUCAUUGACUCGAUUUGAAUAUAUAUUAAAACCAGUAGGCACGCUCAAUUAUGAUCCCUGUGAUUAUUUUUUGCACUCAGAACUUAAUUUACAAAAUAUGGUACUUAGGUUGCUUGUGUUUUUCAUUGUUAUAUCUCUUACCACAUAUUAUCUUUCUAGUUGCUUGAUCAAAGAUAUUGUGCAUCACCAAUACAUAUACUACUACUAUAGUCUCAUCAUUACCUAUUUGUAGUGAACAAUAUAUACAUACACACUCUUUUGGAUAAAAAGGAGAAGUAUAUUCAAUGUCUUGGUAUAGUUGAAGAUACAUGUUUGUACAAUAAGUUUCAAUAUAUAGUGAUGAAAAGUUGCUACAUACAGCUUGCAGAUAGGGAGAUGGUGUGGCACUUGAAAGCUGGGGAUAACAAGACUGGAAGUGGAACAAGAUACCUUAAAACCUAGAGGUUUUUAAUCAAGUUGAAGCUUCUCAAUUGCAGAAUUCUGCAGCAACAAACCCAAAACCUAGAAGCUAACAGAAAAAAUGCUCCUGACUCAGGUGGAAGCAGCAUCAUUCUCUUCCUAACCUAACAGAGCCCUCAAAAGAAGAAUGUUCUUCCAUUGUGUAACCUAAACAAGAAAGCAACCAAUCAAACCAGAUAGGCUUUUGUUGCUAUCCCACUUGCUAAAAUGGACCACAACCAGGUAACAGACUGAUCAUGUAUUUCCUCUCCCUUUCAUCAUGUUUACUCCAAAUGUUGUCAUGGAUUGUCUGUGUGGUUGGGUUUGGUUUUUGGGUUUCUUUCUAUCAUCCAUGGAGAUGGAUUGCAGUUUGCAGCAAAGCUAUUGACAAGUGACAUGACUCUCCACCUUGUCAUCUUGUGAACAAGGUUUUAAACAAGGCAUCUUCAUCAGUUGCUUAUGGAGUUCAAAACACAACCCUAGUUAAAGUUUGACAAAGCUUUGCCUUUGAGAGAGGGGCAUUGGUGGGGUUGCCUCUAUACACCUCUGUGAAUUAAAAAUAAAAAAUUUCAAGUCAUUUUAAUUGUCUUCUUCCAUAUUUCCUGAUGGAACUGGGCAGGCACAUUGACCAUCUCAACAUGAUGCUGAGUUGAAUGAUAAUCCCUUUCUUUUUCUUUGAUGCA